AUGGCUUCCGACGAACUCGUCUGGUCCAUCAUCGGACACGACUUUUGCUCAAAACGUCUCGUCCUGCCUGGCAACACGGGCAAGAACCAAAAAUCCACCAAAUCGACCUUCUGCCGCGACGAACACAAUGUUACUGGCCUCUGCAAUCGCCAGUCAUGUCCUCUCGCGAACUCCCGCUAUGCCACAAUACGCGCCGAUCCAUCGAAUGGGAGAUUGUAUCUUUACAUGAAGACUGUCGAGCGUGCACAUCUACCGUCGAAAUGGUGGGAAAAGAUUCGAUUGAGCGGCAACUACACGAAAGCUCUGCAACAAGUUGACGAGCGAUUGAUCUAUUGGCCGAAGUUCUUGGUGCACAAGUGUAAGCAGCGUCUGACGAGACUUACACAAGUUCGUGUACGAGCGCAGCGAUUGGCGAAGGAGGAAGAGAGGUUGGGUGAGACGACUGUUGCAAAGCUUGCGCCGAAGGUGCGCAGGAGGGAAGAGACACGAGAGAGGAAAGCAGAGGCAGCUGCGAAGAUUGAAAGAGCGAUUGAGCGAGAGCUGGUAGAGAGACUGCGAAGUGGAGCAUACGGGGACCGACCACUGAAUGUGGAAGAGUCGGUGUGGCGGAAGGUCAUGCGUGGACUUGAACGAACACAGGAAGGCGUUGUCGAUGAGGAUCUUGACGAAGGUAUCGAAGAGGAGGACGAGGAAGAACUGGAGUACGAGCGCGAAGGCGAAGAUCGCGAUGUCGAAUUCGUGAGCGACCUCGAAGAGUCCGACGAUGAAGACGACAUGGAAGAUUUCACCGACUGGCUAGGCGGUCAGAGUGGAGACGAGGAAGCUGGAGCUAGUGAGGACGAGGACGAGUCAGCAGACAGUGAUGCGGAUGAGGAAGACGAAGACGAAGACACUGCAGCGCUCAAGAAGAAACUCGAAUCGCUCAAACGGAAACGACCUUCGGCGCCCCCGUCGAAACCAGAGAAGCGCAAGAAGGGUUCGAAGGGGCCGAAACAGAACAUCGAGUACGAAUAUGUGCCUGCGCCGCAGCAGAUGGAACUUGCGAAGUGAAUGUAAAAUGGCACGAACGCAUUGCGGUAAAAGAAGAUAUGGAUCAGCUGUACGAGUCUACGUCGUGCACAGCCGAGCAGAUGAUAUGGAAGCCGUAUCCAGUGCGCGUGAAUACGCGGACCAAUGAGAAUGAGUCUCUCUGGAACAUUCGACUUCAGGCUGCAUGGCGACGAGACGGAGGCCACAUAAUACUAGCGACCAUGUCUUGUGUACAUCAGUGGGCAUAAAGACAGUG